GGACCUGACUCUACAAAUUUCCGAAAAAUCGAAACUUUCACGGCGACAGCCAUCUGCCGCCACCAAUUCUGAGAAGCCAAGUACUAUGUGAAUUCUAAAUUUCUAAUGGCUACUCAGUCAUCUUCCUCGCCUAUCCUUUGCGCCUCUUUUAAUCAGGAUUAUAGUUGCUUUACCAUUGGCACGAAGGAUGGUUUCAGAAUAUUCGAUACGAAUACAGGAAGACUCUGUUAUGAAAGAGUUCUUGGAGCUUUCAGUAUUGUUGAAAUGUUAUUUAGCUCAAGUCUUCUUGCAAUUGUUGGUGCUGGUGAACAGCCAUCUUUGUCCCCACGCCGACUCUGUUUAUUCAACACUAAGACAGGAACUGCUCUUAGAGAUUUGAACUUUCUGACCUCAAUACUUGCUGUUCGCAUGAACAAAAAAAUACUCAUUGUCGUUUUACAAGACAAAGCAUAUAUAUAUGACUUAAAUAGUCUCACGAUCUUGGACACUAUUGUCUCUGUGCCAAAUAUUAAAGGGCUAUGUGCUUUUUCCCCUUGUUUAGAAGCUUGCUACUUGGCCCUUCCUGCUAGCACUACCAAGGGAUCUGCAUUGUUAUAUAAUGUCAUGGAUCGUCACUUACACUGUGAGAUUGAGGCUCAUCGUGCACCACUGGCUGCAAUGGUCCUUUCUUCUAAUGGAGUGUAUAUAGCUACAGCAUCUGAGCAAGGAACCAUGGUCAGAGUUCAUUUGGUGUCAGAUGCAACAAAGUCAUAUAGCUUUCGAAGGGGAACAUAUCCGUCUACUAUAUUUUCUCUGUCAUUUGGGCCAUCAAAGCACCUUCCAGAUAUUCUUGCAGCUUCAAGUUCUUCUGGUUCCGUUCAUCUUUUCACUCUUGGAUUUUCUGCACAUCAAAGAACCAGGAGAUCAAGUGGUUUCCUUGGAUCAAUUAUUCCUGGUGCAGUAACGGAUGCUUUGGAUCCUGCUGAUCAUCACAUACUUCAUAAUGCUGUUCCUGCUGGGGUCAGAAGCUAUGCAAUAAUUCGCAAGGUUGAAAAUGUCACUGACACCUCAACAUCUGGAGUUCUAGCUUGUAGGGCCAUUGUGUCUAUAAUAACUUACAACGGCUACUUCCAGGAAUACAACGUAAGCAUUGACGCUCAGAAUGAAUUGUCUUGGACUUUAGGACGUGAAUUCAAUCUAUUGACAGUGACCUUGGAUAAGGACAAGUCCUGAAGCUCAUGACUGAACUGCUUAUCCAGUUGAAUGCUACAGCUACACUAAAACUUUAAGCUUCGUCGUCUCCAAACAUGAAUCUGUAGUGUGAAGGAAAAUCUGAAGUACACGGGGAAAUGUAUGUAACUAGAUGUGGACUCAGAUCAAGUUUAUUUAUUGUCAAGAAACAAUAUAUUUGAUUAUAUGAAUUUUCAUGUUUUAGUGAUUCUAA